GUUAUAUCUUUUUUUAAUGUUUUAGGUCUUUCGUAUUGCGGUUUGGCAUUACGACAUGUAUCAGUUGAUUUCAAAUUAUAUAAUUUUAUUCUUGGUUGUGUUUUAUACGACGUUGAAUCACAAUCAGCUUCUAACAUUCAUAUGUUUGUUGAUGAACAAUUGUCAUUAUAUGGAUUUGGAAAAAUUUGUACACAUGUUCGUCGAACACAUCGACAAAUCAAGUUAAAAAGAAAAUUACAAUUAUAUUCUACUCGUUUUAAUAGAGCAUUCUAUAUGUUGAACGUAUUUGAUAAAGUUUAUGUUGAUGUGGGUGGUGUUAUAAAUAACAAUUACAUGGAUUAUUUGAGUCGUAUUGAUAAAAAUCUUUUAGAAGAAUUAUGUGGUUUUCUUGUUGUUUUUGAUCAAGCUAUAGAUCAAUUGAGUGAAGAAGAACAACCAACAAUACAUAAAGUACUUCCUAUUCGUCAAUUAUUAUUAAAUCAUUGUGAAAUUAAUUCUCAAGAUAGUUCAAGUUUACAUGAAUUGAAAAUUUUUCUCAGUGAACGUAUAAAGUCUGCAUGGAUUCUUCAAAAUCAGCACUUUAUCUCAACGUUACUCCAUCCUUCAUUAAAACAUUUCCACAAAGCACCAAAUGGUAAAUAUAAAGCACUUGAUUUAGUCAAACAAGAAAUCUUAAAACGUACAUUAGCAUCACCAAUUUAUGAUAAUACUACUUCAGAAUUAGCAACAACCACUGAUUCAAUUACAUUUGAUACAACAACACCUUCUAAUUCAAAUAACUUGUUGGCUCGUUGCUUCGAUCAACCAAAACCACCAUCUAGCUCAACUUCAACACCGUUUGAUGAAUUAGAUAGUUACAUGGCAUUAGAUCAACAAAUCAAUGAAAAUGAUGAUGUACUUUUAUUUUGGAAAGAAAAUGCAAAAUCAUUUCCCAUAUUAUCAUUAAUCGUACGUGAUCUUUAUGCAAUACCCGCUUCGAACACAAUAGUGGAAAGAUUAUUUUCAUCAUCAGAAAAUACCGUAACUGAUCAACGAACUAGUUUGGCAGCAAACAAAUUGAACAAACUGUUAUUUCUUCAAAAAAAUCUUUUUAUAUUAAAACAAAUAGAGAAAGAUAAAUUUCGGAAAAAUCCCGAACAAUCAAAAAGAAGAUUUUCAAUGUCUAAUGAUCAACUAGUUAUACUUGAUGAAGAUACAACUAAUUUAAUUCCUUCAUCAACAGCAAAAAAAACAAAAACAAAUGAUGAUUUUGAUUCAUCUUCAGAUAAUAUUGUAACAAUAGACAGUAGUAAAGAACCAGAUAAUACUUUGUUUGGAUUUUAG